UCCUCGGCAUCUCGCGGACAGCUGUUCGGCCCCGGCAGCUUAAUACGCGCGUCGGCGCGCGCAGUCGCGUUCUUGCCGGUGGCGAGAACAGGUCGACGCAGCCGCGCGCGUUGUGAUUUGUGUUCCGUGAAGUGCUCGCCUCUUGUGGAUACGCAUUCCGUCGCCGACGCUCGCUCCUGCUUGAUCGACGCGACAAGUUGGGAUAACCGCUCAUCGUCACCGAGCCAUGGGCUAGGACCCCACCCAGAACUCUUCGCUGAUCCGGAUGGACGAGGACGACGAACAGGUCCAGUUCUAUUCGCUACCGCCUGAGGGCAUGAUCCUGCCCGCAGACGAACUCGGGAGUCCACCGCCGGAGAACGGGUGUCGAGGAGAGGGUGAAGACUCGUUCGAAGGAGAAGGGACAGAAGAGGUGAUCGCCAAAGUCGACAAGCCGGACGGCUGUGCGGUCAGCGAUGCCCUACAACGAUUGGUCGAACUGUGCGAGGCACCCGAGAACGGUCUAGUCACCCUGGACAAGCUCAUGGCAGUCAUUGAGAGCCAGGGAUUCCAGUGUUCGGCUCAGGACGAGCAGUCUCUGAACCAAGUCUACAAUGCCCUGUGGGCUGAGAGCGAGUCCAAGGGCCUAGUCACCAAUGGGUCCUCCGGCAAGCGUGACGUCCACGUGGACAUCCAUGGCUCCAAAGUGAUCCGCAACCUGCUCGACGACUACCAGCGGAAUGCGCACCUCCAGGACAUCUGGGAGCCGGGACUGUCAGUGCUGCUGGACUCAAGUAAGUCGGGCGGGUGCACACCCACGCACAGCGGGGGCAGCAGCCCCGUUGCAUUCUCCACGCCUCUUCGUCAUGCUGGUGGCGGUGGUGAUGUCGCUGGUAGCACUAAAAGGGGUGGUGGCGGCCGCGGAGGUGCAUCGGGUCGCUCAACUUCAUCUACCUGCUCUUCGGCAGAAAUACUCUCAUCCCUGGAGGUGUCCAUGUUCAGCUAUGGAAGCAAAGAAGGCAUAGCAGGCGACAUCAGCAUUCUGGAUCUGGCACAAUUGGAGUCUGAGCGGUCUCAGUUUCAGCACAACCUGCAGCGGCUGACCAAGGAGAAAGAGGAUGGGAUGCGCCAGUGUUUGCAGCUCGAGGAGGCCAACCAGGCAUUAGCCGCAUCCAACAAGGGCCUGCUCGAGCGGGUGCGAAGCCUGUGCCAAGAAGUGGAGGCCCUGAGGAGUGCCAGUGCAGAACUGGAGGAGACGAAGGCUGCACUGGCCGCCGCCAGUGUCGCUCGGCAGGAGGCAGAGCAGCACCUGGUGCAAGCCAGAGCGGCCAAGGCAGCACUUGAGAGCCAACUCGAGAAAAGGAUGUCUGAGGUGGACAGCCUACAGGAGAAAUUGACCAAGUCUGAGGUCCGUGCGAAGAAGGCGUCCGAGACUGUAGCCAAAGACCGGCUGCGACUCCGCGAACUCGAGAGCCGGAACCUCAGCCUCAGGGAGCAGUUGUCGCAGGAGGCCAGCAAGCUUGCUGAGAGUGCAGCUGUGGUCCAGGAUCUGUCCAAAACUGUCGAGACUCUGGAACACAGGCAGAAGGACACAGAGGACGAAUUGCGGCAGCAGCGUGUAGAAAACCUUCGGCUGAGAGAAGCGCUGUACGAGCGGAACUCUGUGAUAGUCGGCGACACCAGCACAAUCACCGGCACGGAGCUGCACGACACCAGUCCUGCGGCAGCCGCUGGCGAGGCCAACCUGGACAGCGACGAGGGCGUGCGCUCCAUCUCGCCGGCCAGCGUCCUCCUGCUGGACCUGUCCUCCUCCUCAUCGCACCAGCCCAUCAGCGACGAGCUCUUCUUCAGUGCGCUGGACCUCCCGUAUGCGAGCACGCCGGUUGGAGUGCUCAGCCCUGGUUUGAACCACUCUGGACAUAGCAGCCUACCAUCAAAGAUAUCAGUUGAAGAGAACGUGGGCAGCUCUGGAGGUCAAACCUUGCAGGCAAGGCUUGAACAGGAGCUGGAGAAAAAAGAGGAACUCAUCAGAGAACUCGAAGCAAAAAUUGCAGAAAACAACGAGGAGCAGAUGGCACUGGAGCGGCGGCAUGCCGAGCUGUGCAGUUUCCUCGGCCUCUCCUUGGUUGUGCUGAGGUCCAUUCGCUUCGACCUGCAAGCGACUGCCAAGGUUGCUAUUCUCUAUUUGGCUCUCAAAGAGGUAACACUGAGGAUGCACUGGGUGAAAUUGGUGCGCCUUCUACAGAACUUGAAGUGCUGCUGUUUUUCAGGGGCUGCAUCAGUACUGGCUCUGGCUAAACAGGACAGACAGUUGGUGUCGGCCCUGGAAGAUGCCAGCCCCGAGUCUGCGUACUCUUUUCCGGAGGACGUGGUCCGGGAGCAGAUCCAGCUGGAACUGCAGACGCUCAGGGCGCAGAUCACAAAGAGCCAAGCGGUGCUCACUUAUCUCCAAAGCCGUGGCUCUAGAGUGCCCCUGUCUCUGUCGUCCGAGUGUGCGACCAAUGACCGCAAGGCGCUCGUAACGCACCGUGGCUACUCCGAAGAAGGUGUUCAUCCCGAUGACCGCCACUACGACACCUCAGAGACGCACCGUUCCAGGAGGCCUUCGGGUUGCCAGGCUUGUGGGUGCAUUGGUCGCUGCCGAGGCCGUCACGCGGGUCGCUUCUCCAGCACCUUCUCGUGCCCCACCUUGUUGUCGCGUGACUCGCCGGUGGCGAGAGGGACGCAGACCGAACAGGCAGCAAUGACGAGGUCUUGCGACUGCCAAACAGAGCCCUUGGCUGCUGCCGACGUACUGUACGACAGGGCUGUCGACGAGCAUGAGGUGCCCAUUGAGAUGCGGACCGCGGCGGUGCUGGACUCGACGCCACCGUUUCCGCGCCAUCGGAGCAACAGCUUUGUGUGUGCCAUCCAAGGAGGGAACGCUGCCGCUGCAGAGGCAUUCGACAAUAGUGGAAUCUCAAAGGAAAACAGUACAGCUGACAGUGGCAGUGCCAAACCACCGUUGCCAAAGUUGACAUUCGAGGACUUUGACGGGCAGCGCAGGGAUGGUGAUGAGCAGACCCGGAAGGCAGCCUUGAGGAAAUGCCUGCUUGAGGUGGGACGCAGUGUGGCCAUGGACUUAGAUCAGCCAGACGGUUCGACGGGUUCACCACGACCACGGGUUCCCCUGAAGAAGACCACCUUCAUGUUGGAGCGACCCGAGACGGAGUCGGCCCAGGGAAGCCUCGAUGGACAGGAGGUGUUUCCCUCGUUCUCCGACAUCGUGCUCGCCUCGCAGGGACUCUCCAAGGACUCCCCUGGUUCGGACCAGCUGACCGAAGAGGAUGUUGAGAACAAGUUCACCACCCUUUCCCUGGGUUUCAAGACCGACCGGCUGACGCUGACCAAGCGACUGGAGCUCCACCAGCGCCACCGGGACAUAGCCGAGGGAAACAUCCAGGCCGAGCUCAACGCUAUCCGGGACCUGGCGCAGACCCUGGACUCGCUGUGCACGGACGACGAGCGCGUCCGGGAGGUGGUAGCGCAGAUUCGCAACCACGUCGACGUCAUCCAGCAGUCCACCGACCGCGUGUCCAGCCAGGCGGAGGUGUACGGUGCCGUCCAACAGGAGGAGCGCAUGAGCAGGGCGUUCGAGGUGAUGGUGGCUCACGUGGAGAACCUCAAGCGCUCCUCCGAGCGGGAACACCGGGAACUGGAGGAGGCCCGCAAGCUGCUGCUCGACCAUCAGCUCAUGCACGACGCGGCCAAUGUGACGCCCGUAAAGGAUGCUCGUCGCAGGGCCAGCGUCGCCUGUGUCCGCAGACCAUCGGGAGAGGAUACCCGGGGAAACCUUGUCUACUUAGACUCCCGGGGCCGGCUGUUUAGCAUCCCGGGCGGCUCAGCGAGCACUUCGUCGGUGCCAGGCCCCGUGCGUGCCCUGCGAGCCCUCAACCUGGGUCCCCGGCGCUGUUCGCUUCCGGCGCCCCACGCCGUGCUUCUGCCUACGGCACAAGAGGCCGACGCGGCGCGAGCCGCCGUCGACGCCGCGGCCUGUUGCAAGUCGGAGUGUCAUGUGGAGGAGGACACUGUGGGAUCUGCAGCUAAAGCCAAUGGUUCACACCCCCAUGGUGCAACCAGUGGAGACCACGGAGUUCCCAGCUUGUCUGCCCUUGAGCCCAGUGGCCAUGUUACCGAAGAAAGAUCAGAGAGGCUGAAUGGCAUGGAGUAUAUGAUGUGGAUGAGCUUCGGGCUCGGGUCGAAGAAGAUGAGGAAGGGAAUCAAGAGGGCGAUGGAGAGACAGAAGGCGGCAACACCAGGGAGGAUGCUACCAACAGUUGACCUGCUUCACUGGGCAGCCAAUGUGGUCGUCAGGGUGAAGUACUGGUUGAACAGAAGUCGUCAGGUACUGGCGGGGCGCAAGCGAUUGGCACCAGUGACUGUCCAACGCUUCACAACUGCCCGCUACUUCCUCAGUGGCCUCUUAGUCACCGCAGCCCUAGUGACUGCCCUGGUCGUGCUCCUGCCAGGCGUGCCACCAAGUUCCGCAACACAAAACGAUGUUGCCGACAUGAUUGAGCUCUGGCACGACCUAUGCCGCUGGGGACCGGAUCUUGUGACGCUGCGGCGCGGUGAUCGUGCGCCACCAACGUGAUUUUCAGGACUUGAGACAUUUCUUCCUCUGUCGAUGUCUUUCUCGUGGAUGCUCUGCAAAGUGUGCAUAGUUUCUGCGAGAAUGUCUAGACACGAGCACCUGUGAUGUGAUCUUUUCAGAUUAUCCUCUUUUGUUAGUGUGUGUACAUUUCAGUUCAUACAUUGAUGUGUCACAGGACCAAACUUACAAGAAAUAGACUGGUACAGGUUAGAUUGACAAAUGGCUCUUCGUUGUUUCAUGAGAUGUAGAUAGUUGCUGCUAAGUAGCAGUGACAAGUCGCUGUCAUUUUUUAGAAAAACUUCUUUUUCUUUUUGUCUGUGUGUGUGUGUGUGUGCAUGUAUGUUUGUGUCAGUAUUUUUUACGCAAUACAACUUCCCAGGAGCACGCUUCAAAGGAAGGUCAAACAAAGUGCUGCAGACUACAUUGGCUAAAUCGGCAGACCUCUGAAGUGUUCACGUGAACGGUGGCACGACACACUCAUAAUUCAUAGAUGUGUGGCCCAUUGUGUUACCAGUGCAUGUAAACACUACAUUUAAGUUUCGAAAAUUUUGGCAAGUCCGUGCCUACAUAAGACUCAGCAAACCUGUCUGAAGACAGUUGUGGCUCAAACCUGGUCACACAAUUUUCAGGCCCCUGCAAUGUCCCAGGAUCUUGAGUCUAGCCACGUCAUACACGCCUGGCAAGUACUCAUGCUGGCAAUAUCUCAAUGAACGUUGUGCGUCAUCAUUGGUUCUACCACCUUGCCAAUUCAUUGCCAGUCUUUGCAAACGGUCCUCUUCAACUCAAGGAGAGUUCCAUUUUGAGAGAACAAAGUUCACAAAACGUAGCAACUUAAAAUUCGACUGCCACUCUACAGGCUUGCGUGUGCAGCUUGAAAACCAUUGUAUGCUGGCAGUUUGUCGUAAUGCUGUCAUAGAAUCUGUUUUUGCUUUUUGUUGCAGUAGUUUUUUGGAACCGAGUGCCAUGCGUGUGUAUUAUUUCGUCAUGUGCAAUACUACUUUUUUUUUUAUCUCAAGCAAGAGAUGUACAGUUUUUUUGUACAAAGCCUAGUAUGACUACACCUUGUUCACAUUUACUGACCUGUUCCAACGAGUUGAUGUGUGAAAAGUAUUCGCACCUGUGUGACUGUUAAUAGUUUGUAUUUAUAUAUAGUUCUGUUUAUUGCUGUUACAAGCUCUACGAGUUCAUAAAGGUUUUGUAAAGUUUUAUUAAGUGACCAGCCCUAAAUUUGGGUUGAAUUUUAGACA